CCCGAAAUGAUUACACGCGCUUUUUUAUUGGCGGGCUUUUGCUUGCUUUAUUUUUUCUCGCUGACUGUGGAUGCUAGCCUCCAAAGGAAAUGGUUUUUCGACUGCAACGAUGGACAGCAGAUACCCUCCCACUUGAAAUGCAAUGCCCACAAGGACUGCAGAGAUGGCAGCGAUGAGACCUUUGUCGAGUGCCGCAAGGUAAUCUGUCCCGAGUUCGCGUGUUCCUACGGCGGCUGCUACGAGGAGAGUCAGCAAUGUGAUGGUAAUGAAGAUUGCUGGGACCAAACAGAUGAACAUCCAGAAUAUUGCAGUCCGAACACGAUGAAUACACCCGCUAUAGACAAUGGGUCAUGGCCACGAUGUGGAUUAAAUGAGUUCAAGUGUGUAAAUUCCUCCGAGUGCCUUGACAUAGAGUUGGUUUGCGAUGGCAUCAGGGACUGCCAGGAUGGCAGCGACGAAACCCACCAGAAUUGCCUGAUCUCAAAGUGCACCAACGAGACGUUCCGCUGCGCCUAUGGUGGCUGCCUGCCUCAGGCAAAGGUCUGCGAUCACGUGGUCCAUUGCUGGGACAGAUCCGAUGAAUUGCCAUCCAUUUGCUCCGAGAACCGGACCUCGCCAUGGGCCAUACAUGAUUCACCAAAGCGCAUUGUUCGAGCCACUCAAAGGGAUGAGGCGAGCAUCUCAAAGGGCUGCAAGGUGCCAGGAAAUCUACAAAAUUUGCACUUCAAGACUUUGUUCAACACCCUACCAUACCACAAGGAAAUGAACAUAGCAAGCUCCACAGUAGUGCGACUGAGUUGCUUGAACAACACCGAGCUGUAUGGGCCAGAUCUAAACCACUGCUUGGAGGGAAUAUGGGAGGGUAACUGGCCUGAGUGCAGGGAAACCUGUCGGCGAAAAUUUAGCAGGGACACCUCCAUCCAAGCCAUAUGUCAAUACAACAAAGGGCCUGAAACAAGCUGUAACCGAAAGGAGACAAAGCUUUUUAUUGGAUCGACUGCAAACAUAUAUUGCGCACCCAGUUACAUUCCGAAGGGCAAUGUAUUACCCCCAAUGGCCCUCGAGUGCAGAAAGGAUAUAAAGAACGCAGGUAGGCCUUAUUGGAGUCAGUUAACAAAAGGGGACCAACUCCACUGCGUUCCCGAAUGUGGCAAGAUCCACCCCGCUGGUGACCAGGAGCCUUGGAUCGUUAGCAUUUUCACAAGUGACAUAUACAACAGGAAGUUUGCGUUUAACGUAUAUGGAUAUAUAAUUAGUCCUUGGGCGGUUCUUAUCGAUAAGAAAAAUGUCUUUACGGACGAUGUAUUGCGAUAUGCCAUAGCCGAAGGACGGCACGAAGUCGAGUACACUGAGGAUGAUGAGCAAGCCUAUCAGCUUCAUUCCGUGAAAAGUAUUUACAAAAGGGACUUUACCUUCCAUGCCAUUUUGGAGCUGGUUAAUCCUUUUAUACUCUCCCCAUCGGUGCGUCCAAUAUGCCUGCUUCCAAUUCCUAAAAAUGUAUCUAAUACCACCUCGAGUGGUAUCGUUACUAUCAGCACGAAUGAUCAGAAAAUAAGCUACCUAAAAAACAUUGAACAAAUUAUCAUUAGUAAAAGCGAACUUAUUAUUAACCGACAAAAAUCAAGCAAGAUCAUGGAUGAUAAGUACACUGAUAAAAAAAUUCAAGAAUUUUGGUCUUAAAAACGUGAUUUUUCGGUCACGAAAGUCGCGUAAGCAUAUUUUGGUCUUCUUUUAAAAUUUUUGUUCUUAAAUAAAACCUAAAAAAUCUCCUUUCUAGAUUUUUUGGUCUUCUUUUAAAAUUUUUUGGUCUUAUAUCAAGAUUUUAUUUUAAGAAUGCACAAAAUCUUAAAUAUAGAUUUUUUUUUUAUCAGUGUAACUGUGAAAUAAAAUAUACUCUGAUGAUACUUUGAAAUAUAGAACAAUUUACUCAA